AGCCAAGUAAUGUAGUUGCUGGUGCACAUCCAGUCAGCUGCGUGCAAAUGAAAUUUUUGUACGUAGAAAAAGUGAGGUGAUGCUUUUCUUGUGUUUAUCUCUACAUUUAUGUACGCGAGAGUCGCGGCAGAGACGAGAUACUCUUCCUAAUCAGUGGACCUAUAGACAGCAACAACUUCUGCCACAAUUCAGUGUACUGGAGGAGUGUCUCGCGUGAGGGGAUUUAUUGGAUUUAUCGCGGGUUUAUCAGCUCUCCGGAUUGGCCAAAAAUCGUUCGAUUCGGAUACUUCCCUAAGACUCCAAGAUGGAUUUUGAUCGAGUUUUGGAUGAAAUUGGGGAAUUUGGCAAAUUUCAACUGACCAAUUACCUGUUGAUUUGUCUUCCUGUCUUUUUUGGUGCUGCCAACAGUUUAUCAUAUGUAUUUACAGCCGGUGUUCCCAAUUACAGGUGCUUUGUGCCCAAUUGUGAUGAUCCGCAUCAGCCAAAUUACGAUGAAUCUUGGAUGCAUUAUGCUGUGCCAGGAAAAACGGAUUCAAAUGGAAUUUUUACACCUGAACAGUGCAAAAUUUUUAUUCAGAACAAUAUGACUAUGAGUAGGGGAUAUUCUGUACCGACUUUUGAGGAAUGUUCUCCUGAGAUGUUCACGAGUAAAGAGGAUGAGUGCAGUAGAUGGGUUUUUGACAAAUCGGAAAAGACAAUAGUAGAAGAAUGGUCUAUCACAUGUAUGUCAAAUCAUUGGAAAUUAAGUCUGGUCGGUACAAUGCACUUCCUGGGAAUUGUAUCAGGCUCAUUUAUCUUUGGCGUUUUAGCUGAUAGAUACGGACGCAAAAUUGUGCUUAUUCUCAGUAUUUUAUUCAUGUCUAUCACGGGAAUUGGUCAGGCAUUAUCAGGUGAUUACAUUACAUUUAUCGUGUUUGCCUACCUCAAUGCUGUUGGGACUUCGGGUGUCUAUCCACUGGCAUUCAUUCUUGGCGUCGAGAUGGUCGGUAGGAGUAAGCGAGAGAUGUCAGGGAAUGUCCUAAAUUAUUUCUAUGCAUUGGGAGAGGCUGCUGUAGGACUUGUGGCCUGGUUGAGUGGGAAUUGGGUAACAGUUCAAUUGGCUGUUUCAGCACCACCACUCCUCUUUGCUCUCUACUACUGGAUUGUUCCGGAGUCGGUGAGAUGGCUCCUUGCCAAGAAGCACACGCACAAAGCGGGUAGAAUCAUCAAGAGAGCGGCGAAAGUCAAUGGAGUGGUUCUUUCAGACUCAAUUCUUGCCACUUUUGUGGACAAUGAAGAUGGAAUGAGUGAUUCGAAAGAGGGCAUGGUAGGACAGUCGGAAAAACCUCCAUCUCAAAUUGCAGUGAUGAAGGAGGCAUUAAAGUCAAAGACCCUCAUGAUAAGAUUUGUCAUUCUCAUUUACAAUUGGAUCACCAAUGCUUUUGUCUACUACGGAUUGUCACUGAACUCCACGAGUCUCAGUGGGAACAAAUAUUUGAAUUAUGCCCUCGUCUGCCUCAUCGAAAUCCCCGGAUAUACUCUUGCUUGGAUUGCAAUGAAUAAGAUUGGUAGAAGAUGGUCACUGGGACUUUCCCUGCUACUCUGUGCAGUGACGUGCUGUACUGGGGCAUUUAUCGAUGCAGAUCUCAUAUGGGCUGUUGUGUCACUAUUCCUUGUUGGAAAACUAGGAAUAACAAUAUCCUUUUCAGUUCUCUACACUUACAGUGCAGAAAUGAUUCCUACGGUUAUUCGAAGUGCAGGAGUUGGCGCUUUGUCUACAAUGGCAAGAUUUGGCGCUAUGAUGGCUCCUUUCGUUCCUCUUCUUGGUCUCUAUGUCAAACCACUACCCUUAAUACUCUUCGGGAUUCUUUCAUUAUUCGGAGGAAUCACGGCGUUCUUAUUCCCAGAAACCCUGAAGAAAAAGCUACCGGAUACCGUGGAAGAAGCAGAAAAUUUAGGUAAGACAGACAAUGAUAUUGAGCUACAAUCGUCAUCUUUUAAGGAGAGUUGAUUUUUUAAAAUCGAGUAGAUUUUUUUAAAGGUCAAUUGAUAAGACAUAUCAAUGGUAUAUUUUUAUAUAACAUUAUUUUUUUGUUGAGAAAUUUAUAGCUAUAUCAUGAGCUAAAGAUUUGUGAGACUUUGAAUUAUAAUGACGGAUUUUUAAUUUGGCUAAUUUUUUUACACUAAAACUUGUUCAUGCUAAUAUAAAUGAUUUUGCUAUCUCGCAAACAUUAAUUUGAUAUUAAAAGGCAAACAAACAAAUAAUGGAGUUUGUUUGCAUUCUCAAGACCUAAUAUUUAUAUAGAAGCAAUUGUUUGAAAAAUCCAAAUAAUAUUUAUUGCAAAUUGUGUAAAUAUUUAGAGAGAAAUGAAAAAUAUACCCUUCAAUGUAUAUUCAGUUAAUAUUCCACCAAGACAGACCAAAUAAAAGCCGAAUUUAUCUACUCAGCAAAA